AUGUCCUCCAAGACUCUGCCCUCAACCGCCGUUCGCACCUUUACUCGUCCGCCACGGGUCGGUCUCUCUCAAUUGGGAUCUCGUGCAUCGUUCUCUGCUGAGGCGAGACGCUUCUCACAAAAAGCCUCACACUCUGCCGCUACUCAUCAAGCAUGGAAGAGGCCGUCAGCCGCUGUUAUUGCUGCAGCAGCCACCGUUGCCAUAGUCUACACCACCACCCAAGUCCACGCCGUGCAGGCCGAAGCUCCUGCAGAGACACAAGAGGUCGUCAUUGAAACCUCCAAAAAGAGGAAGGGCGCUUCGAAGGAAGAGAAUAGGGAUCUCAUCAGCUCUCAGCACCUCCAAGUCAAGAAGAGCUGGGAGAACCCUGGCGUAUAUGCGUGGGGAUCAAACACUGGUCGAGUCGUGGCCCCCGAGUCAAAUGAAACAUAUAUCAAGACGCCGCGAAGGCUGAGCUGGUUCGACGACGUCCUGCUCCGAGAUCUGAAGAUUGACAGGAAUUUUGGUGCAGCAGUCCUUGAGAACGGAGACCUCGCACAAUGGGGCAUCGAAUAUUCCGAGGACGUACGGCAGCCGACGGUCACGCUCAAGGGCAAGAAUUUGACGUCCAUUGCCAUAUCGAAAGAUCGUAUCAUUGGGCUGGGAAAAGACGGAACCGUAUAUUCGAUACCAGUGUCCAAGGUGGACCAGGAGAGUGGCCACAAGCAAACAGAGAAGUCCUGGAUCCCGUUCUGGGGAUCAACGUCGUCGAUUAGCUACAGAAAGCUCGAGCCCAAGAACUUGGGAAUGGGGGAGCGAGUCGUUGCUAUCAGCGGUGGCCUUGAGCACGUCCUGCUCCUCACGAACUCAGGACGAGUCUUCUCUGCCGCCUCAGGGACCGAGGACUUUCCCAGCCGUGGACAACUGGGCGUCCCCGGAGUGACGUGGCUCACUCGACCGGAAGGCCGAUAUGACAUGUGCCACGAACUAACCACGCUUAAGGGCUUCGAGAUCACCAAACUUGCAUCCGGGGACCACCACUCUCUGGUCCUCGACAAAGAAGGCCGCGUCUUUGCCUUUGGCGACAAUUCUUCCGGGCAGCUCGGCUUCGACUUCAACCCUGAGGCUCCUUUCGUCGACACACCUUCUCUCCUGCCUACCACCCGUCUCUAUCAAGGCACUAACCAAUCGUCUAAAGUCACGUCUAUCGCUGCUGGCGGCUCAAACAGCUUUUUCACCGUCGACGCCACCCGAGUUGCCGGCCCAGAUGAAGACCCAAGCUCCAUCUCAACUUUGGGAAAGGUAACGGCAGAUACAUGGGCGUGCGGACUGGGCAUUCGGGGCACCCUGGGAAACGGGAAAUGGACACACGUUCAAGGCACACCCACACGCGUUCCGUCGUUGUCGGGCCUCUACGAGUACGACGAACAGACCCGAAAAGUGGUUCCGAUCCGGAUGUCCCAGAUCUCCGUCGGCAGCACCCACGCCUCCGCCGUGCUCGACAAUGUGACCUACCUCGAUGCUUCGGAAAAAUCCUCAGAGGACGACACGAACUGGGGCUCCGAUGUGCUCUGGUGGGGAGGGAACGAGUUCUACCAGCUGGGCACAGGCAAGAGGAACAACGUGCCGAUCCCGACGUAUAUACGGCCAUUGGACAUGGCCAGCGAAGCGGAGAUGGGACGGAGAGAGGAGCACAGAUUGCAUCUGACCCCGAUGCACGAUGUCCGGCUGAAGGUGGAUGGCAGGAAAGUCCGAAUGGAACAGCGCGUGGUAUGCGGCAGGAAUGUCACGGCGGUGUAUUCGGCUGUUUGA